UCUCCAUCUGUUACCUUCUUUCUUUCUGCUGCUCAUGCGUCAAAUAGCAUUCACUUUCCUUUGUAUUCUGUGUUCUUGAUUUCGAAAAAUUCUCUAGCUCUGUUGCCCUUCUCAUCUAUCCUUGAAUUUCGUUGCACUUUCUUGCUUGCAUCUGUUGUUACCCACCACAAAAAAAGAAAGAAACAAAAUAGGAAAUGGCCCUGGAUCCCAUUCUUGCUAUUGUUCCGAUGAUUGUCAAGUACACUUUCGUCCCCGUCAAGCGACACCUCAGUUACGCUUUCAACUGCGGAAGCAAGGUUGAAAAACUGAAGAAUCAGGUUGAGAACCUAAAAAAUAAGAGAGAUGGUUUGAAGCCGCAUGUUGAUGAAGCUACGAGGCGAGGAGAUGAGAUCUAUGCUAAUGUUCAAGACUGGCUGACCAGUGUGGACGAAGCUAUUGGGGAGGCUGAUGAUCUCGUCGAUGAAGAACAAGCAAGGGAAAGCUGUUUCUUGGGAUUGAUUCCCAAUUUGAAGAAGCGUUACAAGCUGAGCAAGAAAGUAGAGAAGAAAGCUCAAACAGUUGCUGAGCUUCGGGAGAAAUGCAAAUUUGAUCUCGAUCGAAUUGCCUGCCGCCCUCCUCUUUGGCAAAUAGUGCCUCCAUCUGUCUAUAAUAAUGAAGAGUUGCAUUCAAGGAUUUCUAUCUUGGAGAAAGUUAUGAAUGCGCUGAGGGAUCCUGCAUUUAACAUGAUAGGAGUGUAUGGUCUGGGUGGUGUCGGAAAAACCACUCUAGCAAAAGAAGUCCGAAGGAAAGCAAUAGAAGACAAGUUAUUCGAUGUUGUACUUAUGGGUACUGUGUCUGAAACACCGGAGCUUCGAAAAAUUCAAGGGACGUUCGCAGAUAUGCUGGGCCUAGAAUUAAAAGAGGAGACUGAAGAAGGGAGAGCAUGUCGAUUGCGUCAACGAUUACUGCAGGAGAAGAAGAUCCUCGUGAUUUUGGAUGAUAUUUGGGAACAACUCGAACCGGAGAAACUAGGAAUUCCUUUUGGGAAUGAUCACAAAGGAUGUAAAAUAUUUCUGACCUCCAGAAGAGAAGAUAUAUUGUCCCGAGACAUGGGCACCCAAGAAAGUUUUGAGCUUCGAGUUCUAUCAGAAGCAGAGGCGUGGAGUUUAUUUGUGACAGUGGUUGGUGAUGUUACGAAUCAGGACUUGCGCUCUAUAGCAACUGAAGUAGCAAAAAAAUGUGCAGGUUUGCCCGUCUUAAUUGUUACAGUUGCAGGAGCUUUGAAAAAUCGGGACUUGAACGAAUGGAAUGUUGCUUUGGAAGAGUUAUCUAAGGUUGACAAUGAAGGAAUUCAGUCAAAAGUAUACGCAACUCUGAAGUUGAGCUACAACCAUUUGGCUAGUGAAGAACUGAAGUCUUUUUUCUUGCUUUGUGCUCAAAUUGCUCAGAGUGAUAUUCAAAUCGGGGACUUGCUGUUGUACAGUAUGGGUUUGGAUUUGCUUAGAAGCAAGGAUACAGUGGAGUAUGCAAGAAACAGAGUAUAUAAAUUGGUAAGAGACCUCAAAGCCUCUUGCUUGCUAUUAGACGGUGACAGGAAUGGAUCUCUGAAAAUGCAUGACGUUGUUAGGGAUACUGCUCUCGAUAUUGCAUCUAAAUCUCAACACCCAUUCACAUUCAGAGAUGUAGUUGAAACAAAAGAAUGGCCAAACAGGGAUUUCAGAAGCUGCUCCAGAAUCGCUUUGCCUUCCUGUGAAAUCCAUGAGCUUCCUGAACGGUUGGAGUGCCCAAAAUUAGAGUUACUUGUCCUCGGAAGGGGAUCUAUUCAUUCGAAAGGCCCUGAUUUGAAUAUCUCUGAUAUAUUUUUUGAAGGGAUUACAAAGCUUAAAGUACUGCAUUUCACUGGGAUGUUUUUACGGUCCCUGCCUCCAUCUCUUGGUUACUUAAUAAACCUUCUUACGUUGUGUUUAGAUGAAUGUGUAUUGCGGGAUGCAUCUGUGAUAGGUGAACUGAAGAGAUUAGAGGUCCUCAGCUUUCGUAGAUCUAUGAUAGAAGAGCUGCCAAGAGAAAUAGCACAUUUAACUCGGCUGAAAUUGUUAGAUCUGAGCGACUGUGACAAACUCAAAGUCAUUCCGGCAAAUGUCAUAUCAAGGUUAUCCCUAUUAGAAGAACUGUAUAUGCUGAAGAGCUUUGGUCAAUGGGAGCUUCAAGGUCUCAACAGUUCAAACAAUGCAAGCCUUGCUGAAUUGAAAAACCUGUCUAGGUUGACAACGUUGGAAAUAGAUGUUCCAGAUGUCAAGAUGUUACCGAAAGACUUAUUCUCUAAUAAGUUGGAACGGUAUGAUAUUGUUAUCGGAAAAAAGAGGUAUUGGUAUGAUGAGUAUUUAUCCUCAAGAAGGCGAAGGAUUCGGCUUAAUACAGACAUUCAUCUGGAUCAUGGAGUUGAUUUGUUGCUCAAGAAAGCGGAAGUUCUAUAUCUAGAUAAUGUGAAGGGGAUCAAGAGCAUUUUGUAUGACAUGGAUCGGGAAGGGUUUCAGCGAUUAAAGCAUCUUGACAUCGACAAUAGUGAUGACAUUCAAUAUGUUAUUAAUUCAACGGUGCAGGUCCCUAGUUUAAAUGUCUUUCCCAUCCUGGAGUCUUUGUCUUUGAAUAAUUUGGUGAGCCUAGAGAAGAUUUGUUAUGGCCGACUUACAACAGGGCCUUUCGCCAAAUUAAGAAAAUUAGAAGUCAGAGGAUGCAAUGGAUUGAAGGAUCUCUUCUCAUUCUCCAUGGUUAGAAACCUAUCUCAGCUUCAGGAAAUGACAGUAAGCGAUUGCCAGAACAUGGAAGAGAUUGUGAUCGAUCAAAGUGGCGUAGGAGAAGACAAUAUAGAAGUGGCUGAGUUCAGUCAAUUACGUUCCCUGACACUAGAAGCUCUCCCAGCGCUCAAAAGCUUUUGCUUGAAAGUGAAGGAGUCGACAAGUGAUGAUGGAGGAUCCAAUGAAAUUGUGUUAGAGGAUGACGUUCAUAAUCCACGGCCACUUUUCGAAAAAAUGGUUUCAUUCCCCAACUUGGAGGAACUCUCUGUAGAGUCCAUAGGAUGUCAGGAUUUGAAGUAUUUAUUUACAACUUCAUUUGUCAAAAGCCUUUUACGGCUCAAGACACUUUGGAUAAAAGAUUGUGGGUUCAUGGAAAGGAUAGUUCUCACAGAAGAAUUCGCAGAAGAAGAGAGACUGGAUAAGAUAAUCUUCUCUGAUUUAGAAAAUUUGACUAUCUGGGAUCUUCCAAAUCUCACAAGUUUUUGUGAUGGGCAUUUAAUUGAAUUUUGCUCUCUGACCAAUCUACGGAUAAGAAAUUGCCCUGUGUUUAAGACUUUCGUCUCAAAUCUUCUAAGUGGAUCUCUUUUUGAUGAAAAGGUUUCAUUCCCCAACUUGGAGGAACUCUAUGUACGCUCCAUAGAUUUGAAGUAUUUAUUUGCAACUUCAUUUGUCAGAAACCUUUUACGGCUCAAGAGACUUCACAUAGAAAAUUGUGGGUUCAUGGAAAGGAUAGUUCUCACAGAAGAAUUCACAGAAGAAGAGAGACUGGAUAAGAUAAUCUUCUCUGAUUUAGAAAAAUUAAUUCUCUGGGAUCUUCCAAAUCUUACAAGUUUUUGUGAUGGGCAUUUACGGAUAGACAAUCGUCUCAAAUCGUCUAAGUCUUUCGUAUCAAAUCGUCUAAGUGGAUCUCUUUUUGAUGGAAAGGUUUCAUUCCCCAACUUGGAGGAACUCUAUGUACGCUCCAUAGAUUUGAAGUAUUUAUUUGCAACUUCAUUUGUCAGAAACCUUUUACGGCUCAAGAGCCUUCACAUAGAUAAUUGUGGGUUCAUGGAAAGGAUAGUUCUCACAGAAGAAUUCGCAGAAAAAGAGAGACUGGAUAAGAUAAUCUUCUCUGAUUUAGAAAAUUUGACUCUAUGGCAUCUUCCAAAUCUCACAAGUUUUUGUGAUGGGCAUUUAAUUGAAUUUUGCUCUCUCACCAAUCUGAAGAUAAGAAAUUGCCCUGUGUUUAAGACUUUCGUCUCAAAUCGUCUAAGUCAAUCUCUUUUUGAUGAAAAGGUUGCAUUUUCGAGCUUGGAGCAUCUGUCAAUAAGUAGCAUGAGUAACUUGGAAAGGAUAUGGCACAACCAACUCGCUGGAGGUUCCUUUUGCAUGCUAAAAUCAAUGACAGUAGGAGAUUGUAAAAACUUGCACACACUUUUUCCAUCAAAUGACUUAAGAAGAUUCCAGAAAUUGGAGCAGUUAAAUUUAACGAAUUGUGAUUCACUAGAAGAGAUAUAUCAACUCCCAGAAUUCAAUGCUGAAGAAGAAAGUUUUGCAAUAGAUUUGAAUUUAAGGUCUAUGGAAAUUAGUGAUCUGAAAAAUUUGAAAAAUCUCUUUCCUGCUUCCGUAGCACAAAACCUUUUACUACUUGAAAAGCUUAGUGUAUACUCUUGUGGGGUGGAGGCGAUUGUUGCAAAGGCAGAAGGUGCAAAAGCAGCCCCUUCUUUUGUGUUCCCAAAACUGCUUUCCUUGAAACUCUCAAAUCUAGAAGAUAUCAGGAGAUUUUAUCCAGGAAUACAUAGCUUGGAAUUUCCAAGGUUAAAAGAUUUGAAGGUGCAUGAUUGUGGAAACGGAAUGGAGUUUUGUUCAGAUUUGUUUGGUUUACAGGGACAACAUGGAGAGGAACAACAUCACAUCACUAUCCAACAACCAUUACACUUGGAGAAAAAGGUUUUCCCCAAUUUGGAGGAGUUGUCAUCAGAUGGUCAGAUGAUUGAGAUGAUUUUGCAAUGCCAAUUGCCAAAAGGUUUCCUUUUCAAAGUAAAAUCUGUUGAACUGAGCUUUAUUCGAGGGAAAUCAUAUGUUGCUCUUUUUGGAUUCCUUCAAAGGUUACCCAAUCUGGAAACUGUAUCUGUCAAAGAUUCUUUGCUCCAAGGGUUUGUACUCCAAUGCGAAGAUAAUGAUGGCGCUAUGCUACCACGGAUUAGAAAUUUGAAAUUGUGGAGGCUUGAUCAUAUAAAGCAUAUCUGGAAGCCACACCCCCAAAUGGACCUUGUUCUUCAAAAUCUCCAGACUAUGAAUGUAUUUUAUUGUUUUGAUUUGAUCAGUUUAGCACCAUCCUCUUCCUCUUUCCAAAACCUAACUACUCUAAAAGUUCAAUCUUGCAAAGUAUUGAAACAUUUGGUAACACCAUCAGCAGCCAAAAGUAUGGUGCAACUUGUGACAAUGGAGAUUAGAGCUUGCGAAAUGUUGACCGAAAUAGUAGUCGAUGAACAAAAUGGAACACCAGAAGAGAUCGAAUUCGGCAAAUUGAAAACUUUGCGGCUCAUUGAUUUAGAAAGCCUCACAAGCUUUUGCUUCGGUGGUUUUACAUUCAAAUUCCCAUGUUUGGAAGUAGUAACUGUGGAAAGAUGCCCCAAUAUGAGGACAUUCUCUGCUGGAGUGUUGAGCACACCAAAGCUGCAGUGUGUACAAUUGAGAGAAAUUCAUUUUCAGAAAUGGCUUUGGGAGGGCGACCUUAAUACCACCAUACGGCAGUUGUAUACGGAAAUGGAUGGAUUUAAUGGCAUUAAGAAAUUUAUACUCUCUAAAUUUCCCCACAUAAAGGAAAAAUGGCACACCCAACUUCCUUUGAAGCUCCUAGACGGGUUAAGUGAAUUGGUGGUGGACAAUUGUGAGUAUUUCUCGAAAGCCUUAUCAUCAAAUCAACUCCAGUUCUUGAACCGUUUGGAGGUGCUGAUUGUAGAAAAAUGCAGCUCACUAGAAGAAAUAUUUGAUUUGGAAGGGAUGAAUGCUGUUGAAGGGCAUGAUGAGUUGGUGUUGUGGUUACAGGAAUUGCAUUUAAUUGAUCUACCAAAGUUGAGGCGUCUAUGGAACAAGGAUCCUCGAGGCAUUUUAGAUUUUAAAAACCUAAGACUGCUGAAGGUUCAUAAUUGUAGCAGUUUAGGUAAUAUAUUUACUCUUCCCAUGGCUUUGGAGCUUGUGAAACUUGAGUGCAUAGAAAUAAAGAGAUGUAGUUCGUUGGAGGAAAUCAUCAAUAAAGAAGGGGAAGAGGAAGGAGCAAGGGAUAAGACCAUAUUCCCUUCAUUACACUCCAUCAUUCUUGAGUAUUUGCCUAGUUUAGUAAGCUUUUAUUCGAGAAGUGAUGUUUUGAAUUGUCCAUCAUUGGAAAAAAUUGAGAUAAUUGACUGUCCAAAGAUGGAGACAUUUUCAAUUAAAAAUUCCUCAGGUGUGAUUGUUGAGGGAAGCAAAGAACCUUGCAAGAGAUGUUUUGAUGCUCCUACUGUACCCAUUUUCAGUGGCAAGGAUGAUGAGGAAAAUUGAAGCCAUCUUUCAUUUUUGCAAAUCUGGAACAAAGAGGCAGAUUUUCAAUGAAAUUAAGUGUUGCAAGCUGUUGAUAGAAAUUGUAGCAGAUGAAGAACAUGGAACAGCAGAAGAGAUUGAAUUCAACAAAUUGAAAACUUUGGAACUCAUUCAUUUAGCAAGCCUCAUAAGCUUUGUCAGAAUCGUAAAAGUGAAACUUUCUAAAUUCUCAUCUUUGUUAGAAGUAAAUGUAAAAGCAUUAAGCAUACCAAAGCUUCAACAUGUACAACUGACAUUUUUGGAAUUGGCUUUGGAAGGGAAACCUCAAUGCCACCACAAAACAGUUGUAUAUGGAAAUGGAUGGAUUUAAAUAGCAUUGAGAAAGUGAAACUUUCUAAAUGUCCUCAAGGGGAAAAUGGCAUAGUCACUUUCUAUUGAAGAAAUUACUAAAACCAUAUUUCAUUUGGCUGAUGUUCUUGGGAUUUUUCUGAGUGGUUUUCAUUGUUUUUCACUUUGUAGUAGAUAUGGUUUUCAUCUGAGCUUUUAUUUCUUCUUCUUCUUCUUCUUCUUCUUUUUAUGUUGUUGAAGUUCACAUCCUGGAUAGAAGACAAUUCAACUAAUAUAUCUACUGUGUAAGGGUAUGAAUUUGAGCAUGGUAUUGAAUUGUAGAAGCUGCGAAACACUAAAAAUUACUUUCACAGUUAACUGUAUUACCUUUUGGUUUUGUUUUCAUGAUGACAAAUUCAUGAAAUUAUUGUAGCUUUAAUUUUAUAAUUGCAAUCUAAAUUUUCCCAA